UGUUUAAUAAAAGUUUUAAAAAAUGACAGCUAAUACUGUUAAUGAAGUUGAUUUGAUAACUGAAAUUAAUUCAGUAAAUACAGAACAAAUCAAUAAAGUUGAUAAUCAAUGCAUAUUAGAGAGUCAUAUGGAUAUAGAUAUAGGCGUUCAAAAAAAUUUGUUAAAAAGAAAAGCUGACGACAAUAUAAAUCAAUUAAAUUCUGAAUUUAUAAAUCAAGAUAAUAAUGAUGUUAUAACGGUUAAUACAAACAAUCAUCAACAAUUAACAAUGUUAUUGUUGGGUGAGACUGGUGUCGGCAAAUCAACAUUUAUUAAUGCAUUUGUCAAUUAUCUAUUGUUUGACAAAAUGGUUGACGCAGUAAACAAAUUACAUUGUUUGAUACCAACAAAGUUCACACUAACCGAUCCGGAAACUGAUUUGGAUAUGGUUUGUACGUUUGGUGAACCGAGUGAUACGGAAAAUACAGAUAAAACCUGUAAAUCUGCCACACAAUACCCCCGAUGUUAUACAUUUGAUUUUGGCGACUAUCGGCUCAAUAUUAUCGAUACGCCCGGUAUUGCCGAUACUGGUGGGCUGACUAAAGACAAACAAAAUAUUCAAAAUAUUCUGAAUUUUAUAUCAAAUUAUAAAACAAUUAACGGAAUAUGUGUACUAUUGAAACCAAAUCAAUCAAGAGGUACGGCACAGUUUUUAUAUACACUAAAUGAGUUGUUAUCUCAGUUGAACAAAUCGGCCGCCGAUAACAUAAUGUUUGUGUUUACCAACGCUCGGAGCACUUUCUAUGCACCGGGAGAUACAACAGUUCCCAUAAAAACAGCGCUAAAUAAGAUCAAACAGAGACCGCCAAAUGUUGAGAUAAAGUUUGACAAAACCAAUAGAUUUUGUUUCGAUAACGAGUCGUUUCGUUAUUUAGUUGCCGUCAGUCAACCAAAUAAUAUUAAUUUUGAUGAAGAUAUUCAAAGUUUAUAUGGAAAUAGUUGGGAAAAAUCAGUUAAAGAGUGCUUACGAAUGAUGAGCUAUAUAUCUGAUGUAAAGCCACAUAAUGUUAAAGAGACCCUUAGUGUAAAUGAGGCCAAACGUACCAUCAAAUUGUUGACACAACCGUUGGCUGAUAUCACUGAAAAUAUUGCCGACAAUAUUAAAACAUGUGAAAUACGAAAAGAAAAUAUUAAACAAUUCAAUGGCAAUAUUGAAGACUUGAAACGUGAACUUUAUAUACCCGUUAUUGAAAUCGAGUCCAAACCGUUAGACUAUCCGAUGACUGUUUGCGAAGAUAAAGACUGUGUAGAGAUUGUGGUCAUCGACGGCCAAUCGUUCAAACAUUAUCGGCAAUUAUGUCACGAACAUUGUUAUCUGGAUAUCGACGACGGAAACGUUAUCGGAAAUGUCGGUAUAUUGGGUUGUGUGGCAUUCGGUAAUCGGGACAAUAAUUGCCGAUAUUGUAGACACAGCUAUAUGACACACUUACAUGUCAGAUAUGAAACUAGAAAAGUUAAUUCAGAGCGCAGGGAUGAGUUUAAAUCAAAUAUUAUUACUGAUAAACAAAAGGCUAUGGAAGCGCAACAGGAAAUGGUUAAGGAAUUAGCGGACAGACAGAUUGAAUUUGAAAAUGAAAGUAAAGUUAUCAAUGAAUGUAUGGCAGAAUUCGCCGCUUUUCUCAAACAUAAUGCUUUGACACCGUUUAACGACGCUUUCGAGGAUUAUGUCAAACAUUUGAUUAGAGUUGAAGAACAUAACUUAGCACUUAUACCGGGAGAGUCGUCGUCCAGACAAUCGGUCGAACAGUUAGAAAGUUUGCUAAAACAAUAUCAACACGAAAAAAAUGUUAUAAUCGAUUCAAUGGAGAAAAAUGGUGACAAUUAUUCAGCCGUCACUUUGGAUGAUAUCGACAAAUGUCUUAAUAAAUUGUAUAGUUUGCCCAUUAAUGGCCAAAAGAUACAGCAAAUGAUAAAAAUGCAAUUGAAUAUUGUGGACAAAAUUCAUGUACAAACACAACAACAAGUUAUUGAAGUACCGGUUAACCAGAAUAAUAGUAUUGUUAAAGGUUUAAAAAAAUUUUAUAAUAAUGUUUCAAACAAUAGCCGUAAAGCUUGUAAAAAAAUUCAACACAUACUUACUUAAUGUUUAAAUUGAUAAAAUUAAUACAGUUUUCAAAAUUAUAAUUAUUUAUAAUUU